AUGUUCUCGGCUCAGGAGAAAUAUCUCCGCCAGCAACCCUGGGUCGGAGUCAAGGGCAAUGGCCUGUUUGCGCGAUUCCGCGCGGGCAUGGCCACCAUCAAGAACACUUCGUCCAUGGUCCAGGAAGGAUACCAAAAGUACUCCAAGAACCAGAAAGUCUUCGUCCUGCCUCAGUUCAGCCGUCCCCCAUUCGUCGUGAUUCCGGCCGACAAGGUCAUGGAAUUCCUCAACAAAAGCGAUGACCAAGUCGACCACCAAACUGUCGGCCGGGAGAGCAUCGCCCACAAGUACUGCAUUGGCGACAACUUUGAAGAUGCCUCUCACUUUGAUGUUGUCCGCCGCCAGCUGACCCGAAAGCUGCCUUUGCUUACCGCUGAUGUUUACGCCGAGUUGGUCAUGGCCAUGAAGGAGCAAUGGGCGCCCGGUACCGAGUGGAAGUCCGUCAACGUCUACCCUACGGCUAUGCGAAUUGUCAGCCAGGCUGCCAACCGUGUUUUCUCGGGCAAAGACCUCUGCCGCGAUCCUCGCUUCCUCGAAUCGUCACGAUUGUAUUCGACCGAGACUUUCAAGUCUGGCGCAAUCUUAAAGCUGAUUCCGGAUUUCUUGCACCCUAUCGUCGCCCCUUUCGUCGUUCGCGAAUGCCGUAGACACUUCAACAUUUGCAAGGAGAUCGCCACACCCAUCAUCGAAGACCGCCUCCACCGUAUGCGCACACAAGGGAAGGCCUACGAGCCUGCCGUCGACGUCCUGCAGUGGAUUCUCGAUGACGCUUUCGAAGUCGCUGACGCUCAGCCUUACCGUCUCACUGUCGACUGGAUCUGCAGCUGUCUCCUCCUCUUAAACAUGGUUGCCAUCCACACCACCAGCAUGGUCACCACCCAGACUCUUCUCGAUCUCUACAGCUCACCUGACCGCGACGAACUGGUCGCUGGCCUGCGUGAGGAAGCCGAACGCGUCCUGACCAUCAGCAAGGGCGAAUGGUCCAAGGACGCCGUCAACAGCCUCCUCCGUGUCGACUCGGUCAUCCGCGAGACCAUGCGCGUCACCUCGCUUGGCGAGCUCGGCAUGCCCCGUAUCGUCUCUGACCCUAACGGCAUCACCUUGAGCGGUGGUAUCCACUUGCCUCAGGGCGUCCGUGUCAUCAUGCCCACCUACUCCAUCCAGACCGACGAGAGCAAAUACGAAAACCCCAAGAAAUGGGACGGCUUCCGCUUCUCGCGACCCCACGAGGAAUUCCUGUCUAGCCCGGCUGGCAAAGUCUCCGGAGACGCUGGUCGCUUGGAGAAGGUUCUCGAGCACAAGAACCGUGGUCUGAUCGUGACUUCUGACGACUUCUUCACCUUUGGCGCCGUCCGUCACGCGUGCCCGGGACGUUUCUUCGCCUCCCAGGAGAUGAAGUUGAUGAUCGCAUACAUUGUCAUGAACUUCGACAUCAAGAUUGAUGGCGGUCGCCCACCGUCAUUCUCGUUCAACGGUGCAUGUGUGCCUCUUGAUAGCUCCACCAUGGACAUUCGCCUCCGUCAGCAGUCAGCCUGA